GUCUAUCAACUAUUGAUUUUCCUCCUUCUGGACCUAGGCGCCUGGAUAGCGUGCUCCCAUUGUCAACUAUUGCUUUUCCUCUUUGUUCACCUAGGCGCCUGCAUUGCGUGCUCCCCUUGUCAACUAUUGAUUUUACUCCUUCUUGACUUAAGCGCCUGGAUAACAUGCUCCCCUUGUCAACUACUGCUUUUCCUCUUUGUUCACCUAGGCGCUUGCAUUGCGUGCUCCCCUUGUCAACUACUGAUUUUACUCCUUGACCUAGGCGCCUGGAUUGCGUGCUCCCCUUGCCUCCCUCCGAUUUUUGAAAUUCAAACAUCUGCCCGGGAUCGUGACACGUGCGAACGAGCACGGAUCUCAAGGCGUGCCACUCUUCCUUCCUAUAAAUAUUUCCCAUUGCUCUCAUUUUGUCUCCUACCUCUUCAAAUCACGUACUCUCUCUAACUUCUCUCUAGCCCUCGCUUGCCUGCCGCUCUCGCGUCUUUCCUCAGUCUAAUCUCCACAGCAUGUCUGCUUCACCGAACCAAGCUAUUAGCAUAGGCGCAGCUCCUAAGCGAGGCUCCCCAUUGAACCCUGGUAAGUGCCCACUUCUUUCUCGAUUUUACCACUUUGUUUUGCAUCCUUGAUUUUUUCUUUUGAGGCAUGGGCGCCGCUUACCUCGCGUUGCGGUGGUGCGCCUGCUUCGCGUUUUGCUUUUAGAGGGGGCGCCUCUGUCUGCUGGAACGUCGACCGCAUCUACUCCGAGUUUCAUGCGAGCGAAUGGCUCGUACAAAGUCACCGCGUGGAAAAAUCCUCUGAAAUGUCGUUUGACGUGGUCGAGCCAGAUCACUAAUCUACUAUGACACCUGUGUGAUUGUGGGAAUUGCUUACAAGUCUACAAUUGCCUCGUGACUAGUGGUAUGCGCUUACCUCCCCGAUUACCAGAGUUUGGGUUGUGAGGCCCCAAAUAGAUCAAGGUAUACCAGGAGUACUUUCGCUUCGGGUUGCGGUUCUCGAUCGACCCCAUUUUUGAGGGGAUUAUGGCCACUUGUGGCUACAGCUUGGGGCACCUAUCACCCUCGAUUAUCCUGGUGGUAAUUUUGUUCAAGAUAAAGUGUAUGGUGCACAAUGUGAGACCGACAUUUAACCUGUUCUGAUAUUUUUUCAACAUGGUUACACUUGACAACUGUAUAUCCCUUCAGAAGCGCAUGAAGAUUCUGUACAACUUCGUGGUCAGGCGCCCCUAGCUGCGGAGGAAUUGGUUCACGAAUUCUUUUUCAUGAAGGCAUAUCGAGACUCCUUCUUCGAAAGUGGAGGCGCCUUCUUGACUGAAUGGGAGCUUGGAAACAAAAAGAAUUUUAACAUCGAGGUUCCCCUGUGUCCGUACGAGACCCAAGGCGCCAAACUUAUAUGCACUAACACCAUUAACUUGCGAGUGACUGCUAAUCGUGCCCGGUUUUAGCGGAAUAUUACAAUGAUAGUGUGGGGCGCCUUUGCUACUUAGUUUGUUUUGUUUUUGUCAUCCAAUCGUUCUGAUUUUUCCCUUUCACCUUUUGCAGGGUCCGAUUUCUUGAGUAUUGCGAACCUGAUGAAGAGCACCUUUGUGUCGGAUGUGCAUAAAGAAGGGACGGGAAAUCUUUCUCCUUUUUUUGGGGCAGAAUGCACUAUAUUCUCAAUACCACUCUUAACCGCUUGUGCACUAUCAACUUCGUGGGGCUGCCGCCUAGCUAUGCUGAAUGCUGGGGCAGGCGGCCCCUCAACCGUCCAGGCGCCCCCUCCCUCGUGCCAAAAAAUAAGAUGGCAAAGAAGACCACGGGUGGUGCCACUCAGAGCAAGGCUCCCUGCAAUGCGAAGAUGGCGAGCGUGGCGUCUUCGGCCCCGACUGCGGGUACAACAGAGCCGGAUUAUGACCCGCUCACCUUCGACGCGCCCAAGAAGGAAGAUGAAGAAGCACCUCCCUUCAUGCGCCGCGAAAAGAUGGCAGGCGCCCCUUGUCUCAUGGCGGCAAAAAGGCUCACCCCACCGAGACGGUGAAGGGCAAAGUCGCCGCGACAAGGCAGGGUGGGCACCUAGGCGCCUAGGUGGGGUUGGACGAGGAAGGGCACCUCAUUGGGCCUGACGGGCGCCCUCCACUCCUCCACCCUCUUCGGACCGAACUUGGGGCGGAUCACCCUGCCUUGCUCACCUCGCGUCGCUGUUGAUCGAGGUUAUGCGAGGGGCUUGGAGAUUUAUGCGACGAAGAUGUUGCAGGUGCCCUCGGAGAUCGAUGAAGAGCACCUUUUUGCAGAGCUAGCCCAAGUGGGCGCCUAGGUAAUUGAUUACCUUUUCUGAUAUAAUCAAAAUAGCGUAGGGUCAAGCUUCUCGAACUAAAUAGAACCGGAUAGGAUGGAAAUCGAUCAGACAGUACUCACCCGUGAAUAAGGGUAAUUGAUAUAUGAAUCGAUCGGAUAGAUACAACUCGAAAUAAAGGGCAAUCGAUAUGGGUAGCUCGCCACAACCAGGGUGAAUACCUAGCUGAUAAGAGUCGCUCUAGCCCUCUGGAGAUUCUCGACAGAGUAAUUAGGGAAAAUUCCGCGUAGGGAACUCGACAAUAACCUCUGAAAUUCAAUAAUAAUCGUCUAAGGGCAAACCAACGUGUUCAACCCUUUAAAUAGGCAAAGUACAACCGAAAUCCGACUUCAACAUGGAAAACAAUCAUAAACCGACUUUAAAACAAGGAAACUCAGAAAUAGCUCAGCAAACCCGUUAAGCCCAAACCGUUAAGUAAACCCGUUAAGGCUGGACCCGUUAAGCAAACCCGUUAAAGCUGGACCUGUUAAAGCACGUCUGAUUCUCGUGCCAAAGAAGGACCACAUCCUCAAAAAGCAUUUUACCUGGGUAUUAUCCCUUUUACCGCUGCGCUGCGUUUCGAAAUCCCCGGCCGGACACCCGAAAUACCCGAUCGGGGAUUAUGACCGGGGAUCGCGAACGCAGGCUGUUAAAAGCCUGUCUUGUGCGUUUUUGCAAGGGAAGAGAUGGGUUUUGGAUCCCAAACACCCAAGGGACGAACCAAAGAGAGAGAUGGCAAUUUGAGGGCAUUCUUGGAGUGGAAUUGGAGGAUUUCUUCGCCUUGGAAGCUCGAGUAACAAGCCCGGACUCGAAGACUGAUCAUUUGAAGAUUCUUACUGCAGACUCUCUCUUCUCUAUGGAGUAACUUCCCUUCACUUAGGUUUUGAGGAACCCUAGCUAUGUUUGUUUGAUUGGAUGAUUGUAUGAGUACUCCUACUUGAUAAUCUUGAGUUCAUAUUCAAUCUAUGCACGUUUUCAUGAUCCAAUUCUGCUUUAGUCGAAAUUAUUGAUUCUGCUUUGAUCCUAUGAGAGCGAUUAUGUAUGCGUGUGAAUGUUUGGCUGUUUGUGUGCUUGAAGCCUAGUCCACUGUCCAAAUUUCAAUUUGAGGGCUCCAAGUAUGUGUUUCCUUGCAAAUUGCCUGCUCGGUAUGCUUUGAAUUGACAGUCUCUAUAGUAAUAUGCAACCUAGGGAGGUAGUGUAGCACUAUGGAGGAUGUUGAAACAUAAGAUUUUUCUUAUCUAGUUCUCUAUUGUGCCGGUUGAUUUUGUGAAUUAGUGGAGUUAAGACCGUUAAAUUCAUGUGGUAAUGGUGACUCCGUUUGAAUUGUGUUAUGGACUCGUGUAUCGAACGGGGUGCUCAUGUGCGAAAUGAAAAAGCAGUUGGUCC